AUGGAUUACCAAGAAGAUGUGGAUGAUAUGGAGCUUAUUGAUAUUGAAAAUCCUGGAGGUUUUGAUGAGCUUAGUAGAAACCUUGGUUUUUCAUUUCGAAAUACAUCUGAAAUCAGAAAUUUUCUUCUUUCAAAUACAAUCCACAAAAACAACAUUCAACGCCUAUUUGCUUGGCUAAUUACUUUCGGAAUUCUUCCAAUUGACUCAACUAAAUGGAAUGAUUCUAUUCAUUCUCUCUUUUCAAACUAUCAAAUCUUGAUCAGAACUAAUUUGAUUGAUGCUGAAGAAGAUCCUCUUAAAUUACUCAACCCUGAAGAUGUAGGCGUUAUUACAGCUGAUAUUACAAGGAUUUUAAUCUGGUUUAAUGAAAUGGCCGCAUUUUUGCAAAUUCCUGAAACAGAAUGCAUUCGUGCCAAGGUUCAUGCAUAUAGAGCUAUUACUUUGUACUAUCAAACAAAGAAUUUUAAAUAUGCCCAAGGUCAUGAUCGUUAUUUCUUCAUUGCAUACCUUCUAUCCCUCUUCUUUACAUCAAAGAAUGGCCUUUCAAGCGAAGUUGCCGAGUGUCUUUCUUUUCAUCUCGCAUAUGCCUUAAUUGAAAUGGGAAAGCUCUCCAGAUUCUUAGAUAACCCUAAACAAACUCAGAAGCACUUUGAACAUCUCGAUGAAAUGAUGGAAGACCAAACUCCGGAUAUUUACGACGAAUUAAACAAAAUGGGCCAGUCAUCAAUCCAUUUUGCUCUCAGAUGGGAAGUAUUGAUUUUCUCUGAUGAAUAUGACAUUGAAUCCAUUUUUUACAUCUGGGAUAACGUAAUUAUUCGAAGAAGCUUAUUAGAGCCAUUUAUGUACGCUCUUUGUAUAUCUCAUCUCAAACAAAUACCUCAGCCUAAAAGAGAUGAAAUGAUGAUAGAAACAAUCCAACAUUUUCGUAAUUUCGAUGCGAAGAAAGCAGUUCGUGAUGCUGUUUUAAUAUACGGAGGAGAUCCCGUUCCUUAUUCUCCAAAGGCUGCUAUUAUUGCUAUUGUUAUUCUUGUUUUAUUACUUUGCUUAUACGAAUUCAUCAAAUAA